CAUCUUCAAGUGAAUGCCAUCAGCAAAGAAGAAGCAAACAAUUAUUUCGCAGCUUAUUUUUCUGGAUUUAUAGCAUUUUUAGUAUUGUAGGACAUAAAAUCGCAUAAUGGAUUUUCAAAAUCGAGCCGGUGGAAAAACCGGUAGCGGUGGUGUGGCCUCCUGGUCGGAAUCCAAUCGUGACCGCAAGGAACGCUUACGCCAGCUGGCUUUGGAGACAAUUGAUCUUAAUAAAGAUCCAUAUUUUAUGAAAAAUCAUUUGGGUUCUUACGAGUGUAAAUUGUGUCUGACUCUGCACAACAAUGAGGGCUCCUAUUUGGCGCAUACACAAGGUAAAAAGCAUCAGGAAAAUUUAGCCAGACGUGCCGCCAAAGAAGCCAAGGAGGCGCCCUCCAUGAUGGCACCCGAGAAACCCCGCGUAGAGCCUAAGAAAUUCGUUAAAAUUGGUCGUCCCGGUUAUAGGGUCACAAAACAACGUGAUCCCAACAAUGGGCAACAGUCGUUGCUAUUUCAAAUUGAUUAUCCUGAAAUAACAGAGGGCGUCAUACCGCGUCAUCGCUUUAUGUCGGCCUAUGAACAGAAAAUCGAACCACCAGAUCGUAAAUGGCAAUACCUGCUGUUUGCUGCCGAACCCUAUGAAACCAUUGGCUUUAAAGUUCCCUCUAGGGAGGUGGAGAAAACCGAGGGCAAAUUCUGGACCCAUUGGAAUCGUGAUACAAAACAAUUCUUUUUACAAUUUUCCUUCAAACUGGAACCGAAAAUUAUGCCACCUCCACCACCCAGUCUACAUCGUGCUAUGGGCCCUCCCGGAGGUUUUCCUAUGCCUGGACCACCGCGUCAUAUGUUUAAUGGUGUACCACCGCCACCACCCAUGGGCGUACUGCCAGUACCACCGCCACCCAUGUGAGAAGAGGCAAAUUCCAUUUCCCAAACUCAGCAACAACAAUCGGGAAAUGGAAAUAAUGUUUAGUUUUUUAAACAUAUUGCAAAAUAAAUACAUGAUUCCGAUAAAUAAAAAAAAUUUAAGAAAA